AUGCUGUUCUCGUACCUGACGGGGGUGGCUUUGGUCGGACUUGUAUCGGCUCAAACCACUCUCGAAGUCAGUCAUGACGGCAAUUGCGGCAACGACGUGACCUGCCGAGGGUCAAUGUUCGGUGGCUGUUGUUCGGCCUCAGGGAAGUGUGGAUCCACACUGGACUACUGCGGAUCUGGUUGCCAGCUCAAGUUUGGCCACUGCGAAAGGACAGUCGGGGAGCCUUCGCCAGAUGGAUCCUGCGGAGGUGACACAGGGUUCACUUGCAAAGACAGCGGAUUUGGCGAUUGCUGCAGCCAAUAUCAUUGGUGUGGUUCUUCAAAAGAUCAUUGCGGCACUGGCUGUGAGGCUGGAUUUGGAGAUUGCUCUUCGUUCUCCGAGAACUCCAAGUCCAACCAGAUUGCAUCUAGUACAACAAGGUUGGCCUCAAGGACCUAUACAACAAGCAAAUCAUGCCCAGAACUUAACGGAACGACGUACCAGACGCAGUGCGGCGCCGAGUUUCGCCUAGAGUGUGACCUGGACCGCAUCAACGGCGAUUUGCAGUGGCUAGGGAAUGGGUUUUACACCGAUACUCUGGAGGAGUGCGCCGCUGCAUGUGCUCAAUGGCCUAAGUGCAAGGGCGUAAAUUGGGUCGACUACCACACCACUGGUCCUUGUUACUUGAAGACCAGUAACACGAAAGCACGGGCAAACAAGGGUGUACACGCUGCUGUCAUGCUUAAGGACUGCACGAAGAGCGGCCCCUCUACUACGCCAGCUUUAGACAAGCCUCCUUUCGGAAAGCCUACAUCAACAAAAUCAAUAGAGCCAGCCAAACCAACAAAUUUAACAAAGCCAACGAAAUUGUCUUCUAGAUCCUAUACAACGGCUAGUGGCUUCACAACUAUCUCUAUCAACUCCGCCAUUACAACGAUCACGCCCAUGCCAUCUGCUGCCGACAGUGGAUACAAUGCAACAACCGCCAUCUCUUCAUCCAGAGCUAUACCAAGUGCUUCUACCUGUUCGAGCAGUUUCGCAAGACGACAGAAAGAAGGAGAGGAGGAAUGCACACCCUGUGACGGACAAUCUGGUUCGCUCCCUUACUGCGGUGCUAAUGCCACCACCGACAACUACAAGUUCACUCCAAAGACUUGCCGUACGGUGUACUACGAGUUUGACAUCACGAAUGGUACCGUCGCGCCGGAUGGUAUUGAAAGAAUUGCCUUUUUAGUCAACGGGCAAAUGCCAGGUCCAACGAUUGAAGCGAACUGGGGCGAUACUGUUGUUGUCAAAGUGAACAACAAGUUGACAGUCAACGGGACAUCUGUUCACUUUCAUGGCAUCAGGCAGUGGAACACGGUUGAGUCUGAUGGUGUACCAUCCAUCACGCAAUGUCCUAUUGCGCCAGGUGAUUCGUUCACGUACAGGUUCAUUGCGACCAACUUUGGUACCUCGUGGUAUCACAGCCACUAUGCAAUUCAGGCAUGGAUGGGAGUGUUUGGUCCUAUGGUAAUCCAUGGGCCGACAUCGAAAGAUUAUGACGUGGAUGCUGGGACCAUCUUCCUCAAUGACUGGACGCACAACACAGUUGAUUCACUGUACGAUCUGGCACAAGAUUCUGUCAAUGGUGGACCCCGAAUCAUGGAUAACGGCCUCAUCAAUGGCAUGAAUACUUGGGGUGUGCAGGGCAGCGCAAAUCAGACUGGGCAGCGUUUCGAGCUUCCCACCAAGCUUGACCCGGGAAAGACGUAUCUUUUCCGCAUCAUCAAUGGUGCCAUGCAGUCAUCUUACAAAUGGUACAUCGACGGCCACCAACUGGAAGUCAUUGGCAUGGACUUCACCAGCGUCGUUCCCUACAAGACAGACGUUCUCAGCAUCAACAUCGGUCAGAGAUACAUGGUCCUUGUGAAAGCCGAUCAGCCGGCAGGAAACUAUUGGAUGCGCGCCGACAACCAGAAUGCUUGCGAUGAGACCACGCAAGCCGAUGACAUCAAGGCCAUCGUGCGCUACUCUGGGAGCAAUUCUACUGAUGUCCCUACUACAACGAAGUACAAUUACACAGGCGAGUGCGUCGACGAACCACUAGCCUCGCUCGUCCCUAUGGCAAGGAUCAAUCCUACGAGCAGUGACGUUGAGUUCAUCGAGGAUGUCACCCUCGACACUGUGGAUAAUCUUUUCAAAUGGUAUCUUUCCGGUACGACCUUCAUGAGUCACUACGAGGACCCUACACUGGUGCGCAUUCUCGCCAACGGCACAGCUCCGACCUACGCGGGCGACCUCGUCCUCUCCCUACCCGAGUUGGGCAAAUGGGUCUACAUCAUCGUAGAGUCAACGAUCCCGCUACCCCACCCCAUCCAUCUCCACGGCCACGACUUCUUCGUCCUUGCCGCGGGCCCAGGGACCUAUUCCAAGUCUACCCCUCUCAACUUUAACAACCCGCCAAGAAGGGAUACCGCGAUGAUGCCCGCAGCUGGGUUUCUAGUGCUGGGCUUCUUGACGGAUAACCCGGGCACGUGGCUGAUGCAUUGCCAUAUCGGAUGGCAUACGAGCGAGGGGUUUGCACUGCAGAUUGUGGAGGGAUUGGAUUUAAUUGAGGGGACGGUCAAGGAUAAAUGUGGGCUUUAUGAUACCUGUGCUAAGUGGGAUGCUUGGGUGGACGGGGUGGGGUUCUACCAGCAUGAUUCAGGGGUGUAG